AUGUUCGAUUACAUAAAUCCUGCUAUUUUACCACUCGGUUUCUUUUUCUUUUUCUGCUCUUUGAUAGGAGUAAUUGGAAAUGCUAUUAUGGUGUUUUGCACUAUUAGAACAAAACGAUUCCGAUCUCCAUGUCAUCUGCUCAUUUGUGCAACAUGUGUCGCUGACUUGCUCCAUGUUUGUGGUCAGUUCCCAUUCUGUGUUCACCUAUUUGGAAACUUAACAUCUUCACAAGCUCAAUGUUUCUACAUCCUCUCCAUCCCAAUUGUUGGAUUCACGACUGGAGGUCCUUUGAUUCUGAGCAUGGGAAUUGAUAGACUGAUAGCUGUGAAAUUUCCCACAAAAUAUCGUUAUUAUCAAGAAGAACCUCGAAACUAUGUGAUUGCACAAUUAUCUUUUCCGCUUCUGUAUAGCAUUGUUUUUCUAGUCUACGGGUUUCUUGUAAGGGAUACAGAUGUGAAAAAAUCUAUCCUAGUGACAGUUGGAUUCGUUUUACUCGGCUGGGUGACCACUACCACUGCUAACACAUUAUCGUAUUCUAUAACUGAUGAUCUUUUCACUAUUCAAUUGAUCCAAAUGUAUGCUGGAAUCACUGUCAACUUCGCAGCAGCUUCGAAUGUUUUCGUUUUCUAUGCAAUAAAUUCUGAAUAUCGCUCUGUUAUCAAAUCCAUGUUCGGAAUCCGUAUCAAAGGUGGAAUGAUUUUCGAGCCGUCCAGUACUCAAACAGUCACAAAAGUGGUCCCUCGAUCUGUAUCUCAGCCGAACGUCGUCUUCGAAAAAACUCCAGCCGCUGCUCGACGAAUGACAGUUGUAUAA